UUACUGGUAGGUCCUACGAGACGUGCAUGACUUUUAGGUUUGGUUAAUGCAUUGUUUACAAUCUUUAUUUGGUUAAUGCAUCGUCUACAAUCUCAACCCGCGGAAAUCCCGAAACUUUAGAAUUCGUGCAGGUCCCUUUCGCUUCCAGGUCACCGCCGGGGCGGAGGCCGCCGCUUUAAUUCUUGUCAGAACCUCCGGGCCAGUUUCAGAAAGGUGAAGGCAGAAGCCGGCGCCUCUGUCGGAUGUGAGGGCGUGCGGAGCGCGGGGAGGGGAGCCCCGCUGGCCUUUCCCGGGCACCCGCGGUCGAUGGGCACACUCCUUCGGGCACCUUUCCGGGAAGUGGUUUGGCUGAGGGCAGGUGGUCGGUCACGUGAGUGAUUAAAAGUUGUUACCUUGGAGAAGAAAUGGGGGAAAGGAUUGGCGUUCGGAGGUGGGCUGGAAACUACAAAACCGAGCUUCUUGGGAAUGCCUUUUAGGCUAACAGGAAGUGGAGCGUCACCGAAAGGGAGGGGCGGCCACUCGGGGACUGUCCCCUGCUCCAGGCGCUCACUUUGCAGGCGGCGCUUUUUCCAGGUUGUUAAUCCAGCGAAUAGGGAAGGGUAGAUGCAAGCUGCUUGAUUUAGAAGAAAAAAAAAACAAAAAUGAGCAAACGAGACGCCCCUUCCGUUUUAUGAUAACCAAGCUGCAUGGAAACAAAUCGGCUGGCCCUACUGCAAUCUACUGCACUCGAGAUACUUCAAAUUGAGUGCCCUGGGAACUGUUGGUGAAAAAAGGAAUUGUAAAGUGACAAGAGAGCCUGCUUCUGUCAAUCACUGAAGACAUAAGGAAAUUUUUUUAAAAAUUUAAACUUCAGCACAAUGAGGUGUUACCACAUCUGCAAACUUCCUGGGAGAGUAAUGGGGAUUCGAGUGCUUCGAUUCUCUUUGGUGGUCAUCCUCGUAUUACUGCUAGUAGCUGGCGCUUUGACCGCUUUACUUCCCACCGUCAAAGAAGACAAGAUGCUCAUGUUGCGUAGGGAAAUAAAAUCCCGGGGCAAGUCCACCCUGGACUCCUUUACUCUCAUAAUGCAGACGUACAACAGAACAGAUCUCUUGUUGAAACUUUUAAAUCAUUAUCAGGCUGUACCAAAUCUGCACAAAGUGAUUGUGGUGUGGAACAAUAUUGGAGAGAAGGCACCAGAUGAGUUAUGGAAUUCUCUAGGACCCCACCCUAUCCCUGUGAUCUUCAAACAACAGACAGCAAACAGGAUGAGAAAUCGACUCCAGGGCUUUCCUGAACUGGAAACCAAUGUGUUGAUGGUAGAUGACGACACACUCAUCAGCACCCCAGACCUUGUUUUUGCUUUCUCGGUUUGGCAGCAAUUUCCUGAUCAAAUUGUAGGAUUUGUUCCUAGAAAGCACGUCCCUACUUCAUCAGGUAUCUACAGUUACGGAAGUUUUGAAAUGCAAGCACCAGGGUCUGGAAAUGGUGACCAGUACUCUAUGGUGCUGAUUGGAGCCUCAUUCUUCAAUAGCAAAUAUCUUGAACUCUUUCAGAGGCAACCUGCAGCUGUCCAUGCUUUGAUAGAUGAUACUCAAAACUGUGAUGAUAUUGCCAUGAAUUUUAUCAUUGCCAAGCAUAUUGGGAAGACUUCAGGGAUAUUUGUGAAGCCUGUAAACAUGGACAAUUUGGAAAAAGAAACCAACAGUGGCUAUUCUGGAAUGUGGCAUCGAGCUGAGCAUGCUCUGCAGAGGUCUUAUUGUAUAAAUAAGCUUGUUAAUAUCUAUGAUAGCAUGCCCUUAAAAUACUCCAACAUUAUGAUUUCCCAGUUUGGUUUUCCAUAUGCCAACUACAAAAGAAAAAUGUAAAAGUGAAACAAACAAAAACAAACCUGAAAACUGCUUGGUAUUUGGGUAGCUUCUCCAUGCUAUGUAUUUUUUUAACCAACAUCAUGAACUUUUAUCUACUCCAGAAGUCUCUACAAUAGAAAAAAAAGUACAGUGCUUCUAGGAUAUAAAAUUCACAUUACUUUUGAAAGCCAAGAAGUUUGGGCUUAUCCAGUUAGGUCUUCUUUUGAAGAGUUUUCAUCCAGGGAUAUAACUCCUUGGUCAGUGAUUUUAUUGUUUACAUCCUGAGACUGUUCUACAGUGUCUUUGACUCCUGGCAUUUGCCUUAAGGACCUAUAGCAAGCUGUUUCUAGGAUCAGAAACUCAAGAGAGGCAUUUCUCUGCUUUUUCACUAACGGUCAAUUGUUUUAAUUUGAAGCCUGAAAUGCCUCUUUAGCAAAAGCCUGUAGUAUGGGGUAAAGUCAUGUGAGAAGACAAUAGUCUCAGUCACAUAUGAAGAGGAAAAUUUGCAGCUACCAGUGCUUUCCUUGUGUCCCUGCUAACCAGCUCUUCCAGGACUAACUCAGUGCAGCAUGUUUUUGAUGUAACCAUCAGUGCUUUUAUUUUUCUUAAGUCUUUUGUGACUGGGACAGUUAAUUUUAGUAGCGAAGAACGUCUAGUUGUUUGCUUGAUUUUUGUGAACAUUUACUGCACGGAUCACAAAACAAUAUAGCUUAUGUUUCUUAUAUGCAACUUAUAUGCAGCAAAGAGUAAAUAUGUUACUAGAUUCGGGUAGUGUGUUUUGUCACUGAAUCAGACCUUGUGAAUGAACAUUAAUUCUUAUGUUCUAUGUAAUGUAUGUGUUGUUUAAGAAGUGUACAAAAAAAAAAAAACCUUCUGAAACUGUGAGUAAGAACUGGCAGAAGUUAAAACCUUUGUAUUAAAAGAUCUUUAUUGUUUGAACAUUGGUUAUCUUCCAGAUACUAAUAAGUUGUAUUGCAAAGCCAAACGCUUGCAGUCACAACUUAAAAGAAAGAAAGAUCCAAGGUAUUAUUCAUCAUGAUUAAAUUUCAACUACAUGCAAAGAGGAGAAAAUAAGAACUGAGCAAUAACAGAGGAAUUCUAUAAGGAGUCUACAUCGGUUCAUUGCUGAGCUGCCCACUCUCUGUUAUGUGAAUUAGUAUCUGUGUUCCACUCAUUGUCUGUAUUUAGUUCUUGUUCACAACUGGGGCCAGGAAUUCUUAAGUAGGCCUCUGUUUACCACCUUUUCUCUCUCCUCCUUUCACUCUUCUUCCUCCUUCUCCUCUUCUUAUAUAAUGCCAGUAUAUUCUCAAAAUUGCAAAGCUGUAAGAAUAUUAAAAUAAUUAUGGCUAAUGUUCCAAUAAUGAGGUCUUUGUGCAUUUAGUUCAGUGUAUUAUGGUUUUUUGUUUUUUGGUUUUUUUUCUUACUUUGAAGAGUAUAUGUGUCUUAAUGCAUUCAGAUUUAAAAAGAAACUAAAACAAAGAAAGUUAGAACCUUACUAAAAAUUGAUAAUGUCAAUUAUCUGUUUUGUCUGAUAUUGGUAGUACUUUUUGCCUCUUAUGAUUCCUCUAGUAAAUAAAUAAAAUAAACUUUUGCCAUCCA